GCUGUGUGUGCCUGCAGCACACAGACACACUGAAGAUAAGGCGAGGAGGAGCUCAGCCACCACACGCUCGUCCGCGUAAAAGGGAGGCUGUUAGACUCACUUGGAUUACCGGGCAGUCAACUGUCACCGCUCAUAGCAGCUGCAGACCGGCGCCCUGCCCGGCGCUCCUCUCCGCGCGCACCGUCGGUCAUUAAAUCCUCUCAUAAAAGGUAUUUACCUGGACAAAGCCGUGGCAGUAGAAGCGUUUGAUUGAUUUUUAUUUUGGGUUCAUCUCCGUGGAUGCAAGAUUUAAAAAAAAAAAAAAAAAAAGUUUUAUUGACGCGGUGUUAAAUAGGAGCGCAGAAACAGGGAGUCAGUCUCCGAGGAAGGACGUCCAAGCUCCUCUGAACCUCCUCUACAUCUGUUUCUCUCGCAAGAAAUCUACUGAAGUAAGAGAUCGGUCUGUUAGAGGAAGAUAUGAAGGUAGUGGGCUCGCUUUGGAUCCUUUGGUUUCUCCUGGUGGGGGUGGAAGGAGCUGAGUCAACCUCAGACCCUUCACUCAGGACUGGACAGAGCAUGAUGGAGGUACAGGAGCGGGCAGUGAGCCAGGAUCAAUACAAAUGUCUUGAGCUUUCCAACAAAGACCACCAGGAAAACAGAACUGCUAGGUUCUGUGGACGUCUAUGGGACGGCUUGUUGUGCUGGGAUGAGACACAGGCUGGGAUAUCUGUAACAAAGAACUGUCCAGGUCAUCCUGACAUGAACCCAAAUGAAAAAGUGACUAAAUUAUGUGACCAAUUGGGAAAUUGGGUUGAGACUGAGACUGGAUCUACUUGUCAACCAUCUUCAAAGAAGAAAUCAGAGACGGAGGUCAACCAUUAUUUAAGGGAUGCUCCAGCAGAGCCCUCUACAGUGGCCACUGACAUUAAGACAGAAAAAGGCGAUGUUAUAGAAGAAAUUGUCCUUGAAAAUGAAAAGAAAUGCUUAGAGAAAAUAAAGCAUGAUCCGCCUUACAACAAAUCAGGUCUUUACUGCAGUCGUAACUGGGAUGGCUGGUUGUGCUGGGACGACACUCCAGUUGGAGCUCUUGCCUCCCAAAACUGCCCAGAUUAUUUUAGUGACUUUGACCCAACAGAAAUGGCUACUAAGUACUGUGAAGAGGACGGUCGUUGGUUUCACCAUCCAGAGACCAAAAUAACUUGGACAAACUAUUCACUCUGUGCAACUUCCAAUGAGAAGAAGCAGAGGACACUGAAAAUUGUUGAGAACGAAUACAAAUGCCUCCUGAAAAUAAAUCGCGAUCCACCUUAUAACAAAUCAGGUCUGUACUGCGGUCGUAACUGGGACGGCUGGCUGUGCUGGGACGAUACUCAAGCAGGAAACUAUGCCUCGCAAAAUUGUCCUGACUAUUUUUCCGACUUUGACCCGACAGAAAAGGUAACUAGGUUCUGUGGGGAAGACGGGCAGUGGUUUCGCCAUCCAGAGAUUGGCAAGACUUGGACCAACUACACACUGUGUGCUGUCAACACUAAAGAGAAGUGGAGGAAGGCAGCUGCCCAGCUCUCAGGAGACGCAGAGGUGGAGCUUUCUGAUGAGGCCACUGUCAGUCCCAUGGUGAACCCAGUGGAGCAAGAGAUAGUGAGGAAAAAGAUCCUCGACAGUCAGUACAAAUGCUUUGAGAAAAUGAAUCGAGAUCAUCCGUAUAACAAAUCAGGACUGUACUGCAGUCGCAACUGGGACGGCUGGCUGUGCUGGGACGAUACUCAAGCGGGAACAUACACCGCUCAAAACUGCCCCAACUACUUUGUGGACUUUGACCCGACAGAGAAGGCCACUAAGUACUGUGGGGAGGACGGUCAGUGGUUUCGCCAUCCGGAUACCAACAGGACCUGGUCCAACUACACACUCUGCAACGAAAACACAAAGGCAAAAUUGAAGUCAGCGUACAUCCUGUUUUACAUGGCAAUUGUGGGUCAUGCUUUAUCCAUCGCCUCCCUGCUCAUCUCUCUGGCCAUCUUCUUCUACUUCAGGAGUCUGAGCUGCCAAAGGAUCACGCUGCACAAGAACCUCUUCUGCUCCUAUGUGCUCAAUUCAGCGCUCACCAUCAUCUACCUCGUAGCAGUGGUCAAUAAUCCUGAAGUGGUGGGCAGAAACCCUGUUGGGUGUAAGGUGUUACACUUCUUCCACAUGUACAUGCUGGGCUGCAACUACUUCUGGAUGCUAUGUGAAGGGAUCUACCUGCACACGCUCAUUGUGGUGGCUGUGUUUGCAGAGGAGCAGCAUCUGCACUGGUAUUACCUCCUUGGCUGGGGCUUUCCGCUUGUGCCUGCAUCCAUCCACGCCGUGGCAAGGAAAAAGUACUUCGAUGACAACUGUUGGAUGAGUGUGGAAACCCAUCUGCUCUACGCGGUCCAUGGUCCCAUAGUGGCCGCGCUUCUUGUGAAUCUUUUCUUCUUACUAAAUAUUAUAAGAGUGUUGGUGACCAAGCUGAGAGACACCCAUCGAGCAGAGUCCAACAUGUACAUGAAGGCGGUGAGAGCCACGCUGAUCCUGGUGCCCCUGCUAGGAAUACAGUUUGUCAUUUUCCCCUGGAGGCCAGAGAACCGGCUAGCUGGGGAGGUCUAUGAAUACAUCAUGCACAUCCUCAUGCACUACCAGGGAUUGCUGGUGGCAACAAUAUUCUGCUUCUUCAAUGGAGAGGUGCAGUCGGCGUUAAAGAGACAGUGGAUGCAGUACAAAACCCAGUGGGGUCAGAGACGAAAGGACCACUGCUCAAUGCGCUCCACGUCCUACACAGCCACCUCCAUCACUGAGGUGCCCGCUUUCAUGUACCACCAUGACUGUAACAGCGAACACUUGAAUGGGCGCCACAUGGAUGACUCUGAACUGGUGGCACUGAAAUCGGGAGAGACGUACGCUUGAGCUGCUGAGUCCCGUUGGGGGAUAAAGAGUGUAGGAACAGCCCGAAGAAGAGCAACAGAGCAUCGGAGACUUAGAGUAAAUCUCGUCGGGAAAAAUCUCAGAGGCUGACAGGCGCAUGGUUUUCCAGGACGGUGAUACAAGUUUGGGAAUAAAGAGGUCACAGGAUGGAGAUGGACUUGCUAUGAGGCUGACUCUUCAUGUAACUUAUCAUGACUGUUGCAGCUGCUUUUUUCGAGAAAAAAAAACCAACUUUGAUGUCAAGAACUUGUGGCAUGAGACCAGAGCUGCUUUCGACAUGUGUCACUUCCUAAAGCUGCUAAACUGUGACAACAGAGGUUUUGUGCGGGUGUGGAGACUGGAUAAACAAGUGAGACUGUGUUGACAGCAAGGUUAAUGAUGUUUCCUGCUUGGAAAUGAUGUUGUUGAAUGUGACAGGGAUGGUGAAUAAGGAUUGGAAUGGCGUCAUGAUGCUGAUUUUAAGGGUGAAGAAGAAGAAGCAAUCCUUCCUAAGCUCACCUAUACCAAAGGGUGUAUGUUGGUCAAAGCUGUGUAGGGGUGUAACACACACACAAACACAUCAACAGAUUUCACAAACCUGAUCGUAUGUGCCAUGAUAGAGGUGACCCUCUUUUCUUAAAGCUCUGGAAUUGUGUAUAUAAUGUAUGUUCACCGUUUUCGUUGAAAACUGUUUUAAAAUGUUUUCUAAAGGUUUUUAUUUUUGUUUUCUAUUCAUGUUUUAUUCUGGCCGAGUCCUCAGUACGUGCUGUGUGUGUGUGUGUCCUGUGAUGCUGCACUCCUGACUGCUUUGUAGUUGCUGUAUUUGUGCCGAUGCCGAAAUCACAGGGCUGAGAAGCAAAAAAGAAGCUACAUGCACAAAACCAUUUAUGAACAAAAAAAAACACAUUUUGAGGUUGAGCAGCCGCAAGAGUUGUUUCACUGUGUAUGCCAUCACAUGUCAACGAUCCUCGAGAACUAGCAGCUUUCUCUUAACUGUUCAAGCUGCGCUGUCUGAUUUUAUUCACAAUCCUCUUUUUGUUAUGAUGCCUUUUAAUCCAUCUUCUUGUUUUUCUGUUUUUAAGAUUUAUAUUCUGUCCUUCAUACAUAUUUAUUCAUGGAGUGUAGCAUUUUGAAUGAAUGAACAUCAAGUGCAGAGGGAAGGCUUACUGAUGAUGAAAUGAUGAGAGAGCAUCACAUUCAUAACGUUUCAACUGAAAAAAAUCCACAUCAUCUCGAGAGACUUGCACGGACAAACAGGAAUAACGACACUUUCAUGUCAUAAAAAGUUUUCUCAAAAAUGACAGCCUGGAUGGCAAACGGUGCAUUUAAGUGUGAAUAAAGACAAAAGGCCAAAAUUAAUUUGCAUCAAGUACGUAGACAAAUGUUUGAAAACAAACAAUUUUUUUGCACUUGGCUAAAACUCUUUGUCCCAAAAGGUGUUCAAAAUUUAAAUUCUGCAAAGGUAGAAUUUGGUUGAUAGUUUAGCCAAUAAGGCCUCUGGCUCAGGCUGCUGUGAUUUGUCUGUUGGCCUCUAUAAACAGAAGUCUCUCCCUGAUUAAUGAGGAGAAAGUUCAGCAAACUAAAAUCUUUUUUAAAAGAGUUGGAGCUGGAUAUGUAACAGUCUGUUAUUAUAAUAAUGUGUCUUUAUGACCUCCAAAAGCAAACAAGAGUGUCAAGAAGAAGAGUGAAGAGUGGCUGUAACUCUGCCACCGGGUCCCUGUCAGAGAAUGUGAUUGAUAACAACAUUUUGUUUUACAUUUUCUCCUAUGAGGGUUCUCUAUCAUCUUGAGACUAUCUUUCCACCCCGUUACAUCACAUCGUACGGGAUAUGAUCACAUACAUGUGAUGUCACAGGGUGGAGAGUAGUUGCUUCACUCAGAGAACCAAGGUUACAAUGUAACCCUACGUCACAGAGUGAUACGUUUGACUUGUAAAAGAGAGAUGGAUGAGAUUGUUCAUAAGAAAACACAACUUUUAAAGAACAAAGGGCAAAGUAUUUUUCUAUGGACCUACAGUGAAGAGCGAAGCUAAGACUUAAUUUGCACAUCAAGUAACACAAAAUAGUCUUAAUAAUGAGCCGGAAAGAAGUCAUAUUUUUAAUUAUAAUCAAUAUAUCAUCAGAUGCAAAGGAUUCUAAAUAAUAGAAACAUGGUACCUAACAAGCUCCACAUUUAUAAAGCAUGUGAACAACACUAAGGUGAUCACUUUAAACUGGCCUGUUUGGUGAAUAUAAUUAUAUCAGUCUAGUUUUCUAGGUCACAGACGAAGCUCUCAUAGCAUCUUAAAUUCACGGACAAUAGGCGUUUUCAGACCGCAGGAACUUUUUCAUAGUUCCAGGAACUGUUGAUACCCUCACCACAGGAACUAUGAACUAUUUUAGUUCCUAGAACCCGGUUUAGAGGAAUCUUUUUAGCUACUGCUACAGAGAGGGUACCAUGGCAGUGCAAAGGCAGACAAGAGAAAAAGUCCGGGUGGUGUGAAGGUCUCAGGGAACUCUCUAGAGGAUAGUUCUGCUUCAAAAAGUCCCCAGAACUGUUUGGUCUGAAAACACCUUUAGUUUGCAGUGUUUUUUUUUUUUUUUUUUUUUUUUUAAAUGAAUGUUUGUCGUGAGCAAGGUCAAAGAAAGUAACAGAGAUUGACAAUCAAUACGAGAGAAUCACAUCAUCAUCCCAGGAUGGCAGAGAAGGUUUUAUACUACACAUGUUCUCGUGUGUCAUUUUAAAGUAGCAUAUACAGUAUUAUUUAUUUAACAAAUGAAAUAUCACCUUCCUCGUUAUCUUUAGAACAUUGGUUUGAUGUGGUGCACACUCUAAGACACAUUUUUAAAUCUUUGAGUUUGCAAAAGGCUUCUGUACAUUUUGUGACUUUAUUCUGAUGUAAAUACAAGCUGGCACCUUGUAUAUAAUAGAUUUUUGCACUGUGAAUUACUCCAACAAUUAUUUUUGUAACCUUCCCAUGUUUGUCUCCCUCUCCCCCCUCGGCUCGGACUGGAAUCACAAAAAAAAAAAAAACAUGCAUUUUGUAAAAGCAAAACUGAUCAGUGUUCUUUUUUUUUUGUAUAAAAGCUAUUUAGAAAAAGAAUACACGUAUAAAAAGCCUAUUUGUUGUUGCUCUUUAUUUCCUGAGCAACAGAAAUCAGAGUAAGAUGAAAGAAUUAAGAUGAAAAUGGACAAUUUGCAGCCCUUACAUGAAAAAUAAAAAGUUAUUUUCA